AUGAUAAAAAAACUUCAUAAUAUAAAUAAUUUUCAAGUUCUCAAAAAAAUUGGAUCAGGAACAUUUUCAACUGUAUAUAAAGUAAAAGAAAUAACAACUGGAAGAUUUUUGGCAGUAAAAAAAAUAUGGACAUCAUCAGAUCCUAAAUGUAGAGAUUUCAUGCAUGAAGUUAAUACACUUUUACGUUUAAAAAGUAAAUAUAUUAUUGAAAUUAAAUAUUUUUCAAUAAGAUUUAAAAGAUUAUAUAUUUUUACAAGUUUACAUAAAGAUAACUUAGCAACACUUUUAAAUAUACAUAAAAAAAUAGAAUAUUAUUUACCAACUAAUGUUAUACAAUAUAUUAUGUUACAAUUAAUUAGUGGUGUAAGAUAUUGCCAUAGAAAAAAUAUUAUUCAUAGAGAUAUUAAACCAGAAAAUAUUGUUAUUGAUAAAGAUUUUAAAUUACGAUUAGCUGAUUUUGGUAGUUCAUUAGAUAUUAGAAAAAAACCAAUUGAUAAUAUUAAAUUUGCAACUACAUAUGAAUAUGCAGCACCAGAAAUAGGUUUUAAUAUUGGAAUGGAUUUAUUUUCUCAAGAUGUCUGGUCAAUAGGAUGUGUUUUUGCUGAGUUACUUACCAAUAAACAAUUAUUUUGUAUGAAAGAUUCAUCAGAAUUGAGAUUUAUUUCAAUAUAUAAAGUAGUUGGUAUACCUACAGAAGAUCAAAAAAUUAUGAAUAUUUUAAAAUUUUAUAAAAUGGAUUUAAAUACUAAACCAUUAAUAACUAUAGAAAAAUUGUGUGGACUUGAGGAAGAAUCUAAAGAAAUAAACUUACUUAAAUCAUUUUUAAACCCAAACUAUAUGUUAAGAAUAAAUCUUCAUGAUGCUAUAAAUCAUAAAUUUUUUUCUUAA